ACACCUAUAUAUACACGAACCCAGAACCCUUAUCUAUCUUAAUCCCAAUUUAGAAGCUUUUUUCUUUCUGAAUUUGCCUCCUUCUUGAUUCAGCAUUCUAUAUCCCCACAUGGCUUCCUCGAUUAGCUCAGUGAACAAAAACCAAGAGGGAGUAGCCAGUGGCGUUGAGGAAAAACCCAUCCCACUUAAUGAGAACGUUCUGCAGAAGCAUGCUGCAUUCUUUGACAUGAAUAAAGAUGGUGUCAUUUACCCAUGGGAGACUUUUCAAGGUUUGCGUGAAAUUGGGACUGGGAUUUUGUUGUCUGUUGGAGGUGCUGCUUUCAUCAACUUAUUUCUCAGUCAGGGAACUCGUCCUGGAAAGUUUCCAUCUUUACUUUUUCCAAUUGAAAUUAAAAACAUCCAAUUGGGCAAACAUGGAAGUGACUCCGGAGUCUAUGAUACCGAAGGAAGGUUUGUUCCUUCAAAAUUUGAAGAAAUUUUCACUAAGCAUGCGCAUACACAUCCAAAUGCUUUGACAUAUGAUGAGUUGAAGGAGAUGAUGAAAGCCAACAGAGAGCCUAAAGAUUUAAAAGGAAGGAUUGGAAGUUUUGCUGAAUGGAAUCUCCUUUACAAACUUGCUAAAGAUAAGAAUGACUUACUGCAAAAGGAAACAAUUCGAGGUGUUUAUGAUGGAAGCUUGUUUGAACAACUGAAAAAGCUACACUCUGAAGAUAAAAAGAAGUAAUGCCUUUCACACACCCAAUGCGAAAAGGCAUAAUUUAUAUGACAUAGCUAAAUUGGAUGCCAUUAGAAUAUUAAAAAGUGUCUUUUAUUUAUUGUUAGUUUCAUCAUUGUAUAUUAAUGUAUUUGUCGGUCAAACGUAUAAAUGUGUGAUCUAUAUCUUGUAUUCAUGUUUGUUUGAAAUUUAUCCCAAAAGCCAUUAUACAAGUUAAAUAAGAAUUAAGAAUACAAUUUUAUAACAA